CUCUUCCCUCCCUGUGCUCCAGGACUCUGGUAACCACUCCUCUAUGCUCACUUCUUGAGAGAAAGAUUUUAAAGAGUUCACAUACAAGCUCUUAGGCUAUUUGUCUUUCUUUGCUUGGCUGUGUUCAGUUACUAUAAUGAUCUCCAGCUUAAAGUAUGUUGUCAGGAAAGAACAGAGUUUUGUUAUUUUCUAUGGUGGAUAAUAUUCUGUUGUACAUAUGUGCUACAUUUCCUUUAUGGAUGCUUUGGUUGUUUCCGUUUCAUAAAUGCUGGCAUUUUUAGCUGGCUUGAUCUUCUGUAGGUCAUGUGCAGCUAACUACAGGUCCAAGGAGUUGAUGUGUGCAGCAGCUGUGUCCUGUCCAGAGGUUGGCAUUCCACACCAACCUGCAGCUCUUAACAUUCUUUCUGCCCUCUCUUCGGGAAUGUUCUGUGAGCCUUGCUGGGAGGCUGAGCACUCACAGAGGGAGCUUACCCUCAACAAUCUGAACAGGUAGUAAGUUUCAAAGCUAGCCACUACCCUCUACAACAAGAAGCUUCUUUGACCAAGAUUGUAAGUAUCACACAUGAAUAUAAAAACAUAAGAAUUGAGAAGUCAGUUUUACAGUAUAGGUAUUUAACAAAACAACAUUCAUAGAGUCUUUCCUAAGGCAUAAGACUUUAGUAGCCACGGAUUUUGAUCAUGUUUACAGUACUAGGCAUAAAUUCCCUUUUGUGGAACAGGUCACAAAUCCAAAGGAGCACAAUUGGUCAGCCCUAUAACAGUCUUGCCACAGUUACCCAGUAGGCCCAUUAUAUUUGGUAUUGUAGCAUAUGGAAUUAAAUGCUUGAUAAAAACCAUUGACUAAGGAGUUUUUCCUGUGUACCUGUUAUAUCUCCCACGUCUGGUGAGAUUUAGUCUCUGGAUGAGACGCUCAUGGCCCUCCAGGUGUGGUAGACACUCCGAGAAUCUGAGAUUUUUGGUGAUGGGAGGGAAUUAGAGAUUACGGAGUUGUUUUAAGAUGUUAUGGUGGGAAGAUCUUGAGCUUGACAGCUACAUCGUGCUAAGAGCUUGGCCUGGAAACAUUGUUCUUCCUUUUUGUUGGGAUGCCUGUGUCUGUUACAUCCGGUGAGCAUUCUCAGGUGAGUAUGGUUUUGUUUCUGUUUUAUUUUUUCCAUAUUCUGUCUUGUCAGUCUAGGGAGAUAAGAUAUAAUCUGACAGGUGUAGCUGCUCAAAGCUGGGUUAAACAUUAAUGUAGCUGUCACCGCAGCCCAGAGACACAAGCGCCCCAAAGCCAGGAUUCAGACCUGCCUGGUGUUCCUAGACUAAGGAGUGACAAGCAGACAUGGCUCAGUUUGCACAGGUCAUGGCUGAAGUGGGCGACUUUGGUCGCUUCCAGAUACAGGUGAUCAUCCUGAUGGCCAUCCCCAAUUUCCUGUCUGCGUUCUUCGUGUUUGGUCAGGUCUUCAUGGUCCUUGAUGAAGCCCACCACUGUUCAGUGUCCUGGGUCAAGAACCACACUCUCAACCUGAGUGCAGCUGAGCAGCUGGCCAUAAGCAUACCCAAUGACACAUCAGGCAGGCCCGAGUCCUGCCUCAUGUUCCGGCCACCUCCUGACAGUGCCAGCCUGGAAGACAUCCUCAGCCACCGCUUCAAUGAGACACAGGCCUGCGACUCAGGCUGGGAGUACCCUGAGAACAGGCCUCUGUCCCUAACGAAUGAGUUCGACCUGGUGUGUGACAGGAAGAACUUGAAGAGGACCUCCCAGUCGGUGUUCAUGGCUGGACUCCUCGUUGGGGCCCUCGUCUUUGGGCCCAUUUGUGACUGGAUUGGCCGCAGACUGUCCCUCCUGGUGCAGCUGCUUCUGUCGGGUGUUGUAGGUGUGGCCACGGCCUUCAUGCCCAGCUUUGAGCUCUACAUGGCCCUGUGCUUCAUCUCAGCUUCUGCCGUGGCUGGGUAUAUGAUGAGCACUAUGAUCAUCGUUUCAGAGUGGGUGGGGCCAUCCUGGAGAACACGAGCCAUGGUGCUGGCCCAGAGCAGCUUUGCCCUUGGGCUGAUGCUAUUAGCAGGCCUGGCCUAUGGCGUCCGCAACUGGAGACUCCUUCAGAUAAUCGGCACCACACCAAUCUUCCUGCUCUUCUUCUACUUCUGGGUUCUGCCAGAAUCUCCAAGGUGGCUCCUCUCCCAAGGAAGGACAGAGGAGGCCAAGCAACUGGUCCAGAAGGCAGCCUCUGUGAACAGGCGGCCACUUCCUCCAGAGCUCCUGAACCAGCUAGUCCCAGAGAAGACAGGCCCCUCGGGGAACGCCUUGGAUCUCUUCAGACACCCUCAUCUCAGGAAGGUGACUCUGAUUCUCAUUGCUGUCUGGUUUGUGGACAGUCUGGUGUAUUAUGGCCUCAGCCUCCAAGUGGGAGACUUUGGCCUGGAUAUUUACCUGACACAGCUAAUAUUUGGAGCAGUGGAAGUGCCUGCCCGUUUUUCCAGCAUCCUCUUGAUGGAGAAGCUGGGUCGCAAGUGGAGCCAGUUGGGUUCUCUGACACUGGCGGGUACCAUGUGCAUCAUUGUCAUCUUCAUCCCAGGAGAUCUUCCCAUGGUGGUCACCGUGCUGGCUGUGGUGGGGAAGUUUGCCUCAUCUGCUGCCUUCACCACAUCCUACGUGUACACUGCUGAGCUCUUCCCCACCAUCAUCAGGCAAACAGGCAUGGGCUUGGUGAGCAUCUUCUCCAGGGUUGGCGGCAUCAUCUCGCCGCUGGUGAUGCUGCUGGAGCAGUACCACAAGGCGGUCCCCAUGCUCAUCUUUGGCAGCCUCCCCAUCGGGGCAGGCCUUCUGUGUGCUCUGCUGCCUGAGACACAGGGCCAGACCCUGAAGGACACCCUUCAGGACCUGGAGCUGGGGCGCCAUCCACGGUCCUCAAUGGCAAAAUUCCCUGAAAAAUAAAUGCUGGCUAAAUAAAGUUCUUCCUCUACCACUGCUGUUGGUAGUUCUUCUUGUUCUGAUUGUGGUUGUUCACAGCUGGGUUAUGUACAGCAAUAGGUUACAUAGAGGCCAUCAGUGGCUCCUGCUUUGAGGGAGGG